AUGAUGCAGGCCGUAUCACCACAGUCUGACAGAAGGCUUUUGGAUAGGAAGCAAACUCCUAGCCCACUCAUGGAGGUCAGAUACCGAAGGUAUAGAGAGGUCAGCUCCAGCCAAGAGUCUUUAUUUACUCCACCACCACUUCCAAGGCCAUCAUCUCAGAACAGUUCAGCAAUACUGAAGGAAAGUGAUGAAGGAAUGAAGGAGGGAUCUUCAUCAUUCAACUCCCCUAUUGGCAGUCGCAGCUCCACACCUGAUAAACUCCCCAACAUUUUCGAUGGCAACCCAUCUUUCCACGACUGCCUGUCGGAUGGCGAGCGUGGCUUCCCAGAUUUUAGCACAAACAGUUCGUACGAGAAGAGGCCAAGGUCAGCUCUGGAUAAUUAUGACAUGGCCUCCUUGAUACCUCGGGGAAUUCGGGAUCGCUCAUUUGAGCGCUCGUUGGAUAACAUAUUAGAUAAAUGCUCUGAGAAGUCUCUGGAUCUGACCCUGCCGAUAGAUUCCUGGAGCUCGUUGUCCCAGGAUGGGGGGAAGUCACCUGACCAGCUCUCAGGCAGCAGUGGCAACAAGGCAUCCAAGUCUGAGAAAAAGAAGAAUCGCUGGUACAACAUCAUGAGCUCUACGUACAAAUCUAGGAGUGAGGAUUACCACAAGAUGUUCAAAGAUGUCCCCCGACAAGAAAGGCUUAUUGUUGAUUACUCAUGUGCUCUCCAGAAAGACAUCCUGGCCCAGGGCCGCAUGUACAUCUCACAGAAGUGGAUCUGUUUUUAUGCCAAGAUCUUCAACUGGGAAACGAUGCUGAUGAUACAAUGCAAGGAAAUCAUUGCAAUCACGAAGGAGAAAACUGCCAGGGUGAUUCCCAACGCUAUCCAGAUCACCACAGAAAAGGAUCGCUACUUCUUUACAUCCUUCGGGGCUAGAGACAAGACCUACAUGAUGCUGUUUAGAAUCUGGCAAAAUGCAUUGCUUGAUCAGCCUAUGUCACCGAAAGAACUCUGGACGUGGGUGCAUUAUGGUUAUGGUGAUGACCUUGGCCUGACCUCUGAUGAUGAUGAUUAUGUGGCUCCUCAAGCACUGGAAGAGUUGUCGGAGAAACUGAAGGAAGAGUUCAUGUCCAGUAAAGAGGAGGCACUUGACUCAGAGACAGCCACAACGACAGCUGAACAUAACCACACCCUCAGCACAGAUGACACUGAUUUUGUGUCCGAUGAAGUCUUCAGUCUGUCAGUCUGUAAUAGACCGCUAGUCAAGCCAAUCCUCUCCAUCAUUCCUCCAGACUUUUUGGAUUCCAGUGACGAUAGUGAAGGGGAGUAUUUUUGUAACGGGCACAACCACCUGGAGAAGAUGUACCUGGAUGAGGUGUUCAGCAUGAACAUCGACACUGUCUUUGAGUGUCUCUUCACUGACUCGCUGUUCUUUCGUAACUUUGUGGCAUCCAGAAAAACAUUUGAUUUAAGCUUAGGAAAUUGGGAGGAUGAUCUGGAUGACAAUGGCAAUAAGAUCAGAAUUAUCACAUACACGCUAACCCUGAACAAUUCCAUUGGUCCAAAAACAUCUCCUUCAACAGAGAAGCAGAUCUGCUACGCAAUGAGUCGACCAGGACGAAUCUACCAUGUGGACUGUGAGUGCUGCAAUGGUGGAAUCCCCUAUGCAGAUUCCUUUUACGCAGUAUUGAGGUAUUGCCUGACCCGUGUGUCCCCGGUCAAGUGCCGGGUUGUAGUGACAGGCGAGGUCCGCUACAGGAAGCCUGUCAUGGGCAUGUUUAAGGGUAUGAUUGACAAGAGUGCUGUCAAUGGUCUCACAGAUUACUGUCGACAGUUGUCUGUCCAUCUGCGGAAUGAAGCUCAGCGCCUAGAAUCUAUUGUUGUGGGACACCAGAUGAGUGCUGCCAAGAAAAAGUUACGGAGAAAGCGGGUGAAAACUCACGCUGGGGUUUCUGAAGGAGGUGCUUCAUCUCGACAGUCUUACACAGAGAGGCAGAUGUCUACACCUCCUUCCCCAUCCAAAGGUGUCCAAAGAGAGGAUAGAGUCCUUGAACUAAAUGCACAUACCUUGGUUCGAAUCAUCAGUGUCAUACUAGUGCUACUCUUCCUGUUCAACACUGUGCUUUUCUACAAGCUGUGGUCCCUGGAAACUUACGCAAGCUCCUUGUUUGGCACUCCCAUGUCAGAAUCUAUGGGAAACACAGGGAAGUUGCCGCGGAGUCAGGAGGAGUGGAACCAACUGCUGCAGCAACAAAAGAACAUACAUGAGGUUGAGGUGAAGAAGUGGCAAGAGGUGAUGUCAGCAACUAUACGUCUGGUGGAACAGAUAUUCUGUUAUCAAAUUCUGGUACGUUAUAUAAAUCUCCAGUCCGCCACUGCUGAUCUUGGAAGAGAUGUGUAUACUGUUCUCAGAUUUCAUGUUUACCAUGUUGAAGAGACUGAAUCCUGUUAA